CUUCAAAUCCACAUCACCGCCACAAACUUUUCACAAUGCCAAAGGCAACAACACCAGUCUCUGCGCGUCAAGGGCGACGACAUAAUCCACUCGAGGAUGAUCUCACCGCAACUGGAGGCACCUUGAAAUUAAAAACAGGGAAAAGGAAGUCAAGACCCGAGGAUGAAGAGCAGUUUGUGGAUUCGAAGGCUUCGAGGAGGAUCCUGCGAAUGGGACAAGAGUUGGCAGAUGAAGACGAUGAACAGAAAAUGUCUGCGGCACCAAACCCAGCUUUCGAGUUCGAGUCCAGAUUCGACAAUGCAGACCAAGACACACCGCAAGAGGAGUAUGAGGAAUGGGACGAGGAAGGAGAAGUAGAAGAGGUUGAGCUGGCACCGGAUGACUUAGCAACUUGGAAUAAAUUCUUCCCAACACAAGAAGAUUCUCUAUUACGAACAGGUUGGGGCGGAGAACCCGAAGCAGCAGAUGAAGAACCAGGAACAAAUCUAGCAGAUUUGAUAUUGGAGAAAAUUGCUGCACACGAAGCUGCCCAAGCAGCUAAUGGUGGAGUACCUCGAAACGCUCCUGGGCCGAUAGAUGAGGAUUUCGAACUUCCUCCGAAAGUUGUGGAGGUUUACACAAAAGUUGGUAUGCUUUUGUCGCGGUAUAAGUCGGGAAAACUGCCUAAACCAUUCAAGAUCUUACCAACAGUGCCCCGCUGGGAGGAUAUUCUCGAAAUCACCAGACCCGACAAAUGGACUGCGAAUGCAUGCUACGAAGCUACUAAAAUCUUCGUCUCAGGAACGCAAGCCACAGCACAACGAUUCUUAGAGAUGGUAAUUCUAGAGCGAGUGCGCGAGGAUAUACACGAGACGAAGAAGCUGAAUGUGCAUCUGUUCAAUGCUUUGAAGAAAGGACUGUACAAACCUGCUGCAUGGUUCAAGGGCCUUUUAUUCCCUUUGGUACAAAGUGGUACAUGCACACUGCGCGAAGCACAAAUCAUUUCUGCGGUUCUUGUACGAGUAUCUGUGCCUGUGUUGCAUUCUGCUGCUGCGAUUAAAGGUCUCUGCGACAUUGCUGCCCAGGAAUCUUCGGCAGGCACUGAGGGUGGUGGAGCUACGAAUACUUUCAUCAAAGCACUUCUCGAAAAGAAAUACGCGCUGCCAUACCAAGUCAUCGACUCCUUGGUGUUCCAUUUCUUGCGAUUUCGAGCUGCAGACCCUGCAAGCGUCACACCUGAAGACCUUGGAGACUCAAUGGCUGGAUUGACGGGUGCUGCAGCAAGAGAAGUUCGAUUGCCAGUAAUAUGGCACCAAUGCUUGCUCGCUUUUGCACAAAGAUACAGAAACGAUAUCACAGAAGAUCAGCGAGAGGCAUUGUUGGAUCUCCUAUUGACAAAGGGACAUUCAAAGAUUGGACCAGAAGUGCGGAGAGAAUUACUGGAAGGUCGUGGUAGAGGAGUUCCGCUUGAGCCUGAAGCGCCUUCAUUUGGAGCAGAUGAUACCAUGAUGAUAGAAUAAUUUCAAUUUCCGAUUUUCCUUCGGGCCCGAAUCCAGCUACUGUAAGAUAUCCUGCUGGCGGCUUUGUUCAUGCCUUAGGCUGGAAUUUUGGCCAUAGGAUUUCCGAAAGACAUGCUUCCUCAAGCUUUCUUCCACACUUCGAACACAUCAAAUUACUCUUGUGGCACUCAACCAUGCCUCAAAUAUGUUGAUUCUUUUUUAACCCAUCUGGUCGUGUUGUGGUUUCAAGGAGCCGGGGCCAUUCCCCGCGCCGUGACUAGUUGACUGCAACUGCCCCAUACUUGAGGUUCUGAGUGAUAGUCGAUGGGAAGGAAGAUCCAAAGGAUAGAAUGGCAUAUGAAGUUUUCAAGCUUUGCUCGAGAAAUCGGUCAAUUUACGUCUUUGUGGGCUUUUGAAUAGCUCAGUGUCCUUUUCAGAGAAACUUGUUGCAC